UUGGGCUAUUUUGGGCUUUUGUUAUUUAUAUUCAAAUUUUGAAAGUUUUUUUUUUAACAUCAAAACUUGAAAGUAUAUAAACACUAACGUAUUAAAAUGGAUCAUCAAAUAGCCGUUUAGCUAGAGGAUCAUGGCUUUUGAAUCCGAACUUGGAUAUUGGAGGUUUGCUUUCUUAUUUUUUUCCAAAGUUAUAUUUAAGGUUUCAUCUCGAUAAUUCGUUUUCUUCGUGAACAUGAAUUGGUUUUUUCUUUUCUUCUUCUUCUUUUCUCUAUCUAAUUUUCUUGUAGCCAUUUAUAGAGAAGAAUUUGAAUCAGAACUUGAAACUGGGUGUUUAUUUUUGUUAAAGAAUGUUUAGGUUUCGGCGACCAUUGUUAAUUUCAAAUUUAAUCUGAAUAUUUAGGUUUCAAUCUCACUCAGAGGAAGAUACGAAGACGGCGACGUUCCGUACAAUCCCCGGGGUAUCGGUGAGUGCUAACGCCGCAAAUGUCGCUGAGUUCGACAGAACGACGUCGUUUCUUCGAUUCCUUUGCAACCGAUUCCGAGAAGCUCCGGUCCGAUCAACGGUUUAGGUUUAUUCGCGUUCGAGAGGACGACGUCGUUUCCUCACCGGUUCUCAGAUUUGUUCAUGUUUAAUCAUCAGGUAAUGAAUUUGUUCGAUUAAUUGUUUUUUUUUUCAAUUUUCAUCAUCACUAGUUUUUUUCCUCUUUCAGUUUUUCUUGUGGGAUUUUAGGUUUGCAGUUAUACAUCGCGAAAUUUCCAGAAAUCAUCUGGGAGGUGGUGUAACUUUACUCUUUUGAUUUUUAUAGUUUCACAAAUUGUAUCUUUCUUUUGCAGUAAGAGCUCAGAAACUACGUAGGGUUUUUCUCAAUCACUCAAAGUAAUACACAUCUGCAUGCAUUGAUAUGCAUUCAAACAUUCAUCAUGUGCAUUCAUACAUUCAUCAUAUGCAUUCAUCGUAUACAUAUGCAUACAUCCAUAUAACAUACAUAAUACAUACCCAGCUUACUUCUUUCUUUUUUAGAUUUUUUUUAUUUACCGCUUGCUUCUUUUUUAUUUUUUGUUUCUUCGUUGAUUCUUUGCUUCUUUGUCCUUAUUUUCUUUGUUGUCUAUUCUCUUUGCCUCCUUCCUUGGUUUCGUGUUUUCUUAGUUUCUUCUUUGAUUCUUUGGUUUCUUGAUUCAAUUGUUUGUAUAUCUGCUUGCUCGAUAAGUUGGUUUCUAUUUCUUCUACAACGGAUGGAUCCCGUAAGGCAUCUGACACUUCUUCUCGUGAUAUAUACUUUUACUCAACUGACCUUUUUAUAUCUGCCUUUUCUCUAACUUAUUCAGUUUCUGACAUGCAAGAUAAUACCUCAGAGUCUUAGAAAAACGGCUAGAUCACAUUAGCAGGAUCCACGGAAAUAAGCGUCAGUACUCCCAAAGAGAUGGCUGCUUGCCUUGACCAAUCAGUCCAGUCGUUCACAUGACAUUUUCACUAUCACUGUGGAACAAAUGCGCAAGAUCAAUACAGAUUCUCCUGAAAAUGGUAUUUACAAUGGGAGCUUGAAAGAAGAGUAUCAUUGUGCCAAGUUGCACAUAGUAUACCUUGCCGGUUCAGAACGAACCAAAAGAACUGGUUCUGACGGUAUGAAAGUUAAAGAAGGAGUUUACAUAAAUAAAGGCCUCCUUGCGCUGGGUAAUGUCAUCAGUGCGCUUUAAGAUGAGAGAAAGCGCAAAGAUGGUGCUCAUGUUCCUUACAAAGACAGUAAACUUACACAUAAAUAAAGCUUGCAUCAGUACUGCAGAUAUUAAUGCUGAGGAAACACUUAACACACUUAAAUAUGCCAUCCGUGCUCGAAACAUCCGGAACAAACCUGUUGUUAAUAGAGAUCAUGUGUCCAGUGAGAUGCUGAAAAUGCGCCAACAGCUAGAGUACUUGCAGGCAGAGCUUCCCUUACGGGAUGGAGGAUCCUCAUGUGCGAACUCCAGGAUGAAAUCAUCGGUCUCGUCAAACCUGAUGGGCUAAAAAGGAGCUUGCACAGUAUGGAGUCGUCCAAUUAUGCUAUGGUUGAAGCCACAAUAGGUAAAAGAAAUCUUCCAAAGAGUUCUGAUACUAGAAGAA